UCAGCCAUCGAUUAAUUAAUUCACUUUGCCUACCUCAGUGGGUCAAAUUCUGUGCUCCCAUUACAGCCAGGCAAUGCCAUUAUAAAUUGACAGGAUUGUAAGGCUGCAGGUAACUGGGGAAGCCCAGUACGUGUAAUAGAAGUGCACGUCCAUGCUUGUGAAAACAUGCUGUAAUUUGAAAGGUUGUCAUUAUGCACUGUGUGCUUUGUACAGUCAGCAUGGUAUGCUGCAAGCACUCCAGGAUCUGUUGUUCACGUUUUAUUUUGGGCGUUUUGCAAACUCUGCAUGUUUUUCCUGGUCCUGCUUUUAGUAAACUUCCCUAUCAAGGAAUUGUGCCAUAUAGCACUGACAAGACUUGUUUUGAGAUUCUCCAGGUCUGAACGAAUUCAUCAGCAGAAAAUGAAGGGUCCAAUUUCUUCUUCUUUUUAAAACGCUGACUGUAUUGAAAGUGCCUGACCUACAGGUAUAUGUGAACAUUUCAUCGCCCUAGACCCUAUUUAAUCCCAGCUGUUCAGUAAUGACCAUAGGCUCUCUCUUUUUCUCUCUAGGAAACUAUUGGCUAAGGCCCUUCUUUUCCCCAAGCUGGAACUUUCCCGUAUGCUGAGUUAGCUGUAGUCAUUUUGAGGAUCACUCUCCAUGCUUACAGUGUGGUGCUGAUUACUAGAUUAAUGCAUGGCUCCAUGCAGCAGGGUCCUAGAGCAAUAGAGUAGUAGUUUUGUUUUUUUUAUUCUCACUGAAAACUCUAUCUACUUGCCCCAAAUGAAAUCAGCUGUGCUUAAAAUCCCAGCUCUUUGACUUAGGAUAGCAAGCUUAAUGCUGAUGCUCAUGUAAGUCUGGCUCGAGCAUCUCAACACCCUGUUCUUCUGCCUGCUUUUUUAAUUUCAAAAUACUCAAUUUGCAUGCAAGAACACAGCUGUUUGGGGAAAGAAGGGAAAUGGGUUUUGAGAACUCUCAGCUCCAGGUCACUGACUUGAGCCUCACCCAAAUUUGUAGCCACCAAAAAGCCAUCAAAAUCUCAGAUAGUAAAAUGAGUAGACAGGGGCCUGUGAUACAGAAACCCCCAUCAAACCUGACUCUUGUUCAGUGUAAGCAGAGAGGCUAAAGACAAAAAGUGAGACUAAACUAUCCUGACAGUUAGCUUGUGACCAUCACAGUAAGUGGGAGGUUGAGACCCAUUGGCAUGGCUAGUUGGGCAAUCUUAUAUUGCUUCUAGCCAUGCUCCACCUAUUUGGACAAACAAGUUACUUUAAUUUCUAGGAUUGUCAGUGAAGCACUGAACUCCAACAAAAGUCAAGACAUUGGAGAGGAGAAUGCAGGGAUGGAUACAACUGUGGUAGACUGAGCAGAUCUCCUUGGGAAGUUAAGUUAGUUGUCUAACCUUGGCUGUGGUCCUUCUAAUGUUGCAUUGAUCAAAGUACCACCAAGGACAUUUUGAAAAUUUUGCUGUAUGGUUUUCAACCCCCUCAGUUUUACCCUAAAAUGGUUUCACAUCAGAUGAAACUAAUCUGAUCUGUAAAAUAAAAAACAAGCGUUCGGAGAGAGAAAUACUUGUCAAAAGCAGAGGGUGGCUGCAGGGAGUUCAGGCAACCAAAGGCUGCAUCAGACAUGCCUGGGCAUGGUGAAUACUAAUACUUCAGACAGAUAAUCUGUAUUUUGCUCACACCCAGCUCAGACUCCAUUAAAGCUCUGAGGCUGCAGGAUUUUCAGCUCUCAUCUGGUUAAUUCUCUGUAACACAUUCACCAUGUUCCUCGCUCAAGCCUUGCUUGGUGGAGGGAGCAGUGGUGGAGGGGGCCUUGCGAGAGGCCUUGGGGGUCUUUUAUCAGGAGGUGGACAAGGAGGAGGAAAUCUUGGAGGACUCGUUGGAGGACUUGUCAACAUUAUCAGUGAGGUAGCAGCUCAGUACACCCCAGAGCCACCCCCACCUCCUCGCAGCCACUUCAUGAAUGUGGAAGCCGGCGAGAGCGAGGAGAUCCGUCAGUUCCGCCGACUGUUUGUCCAGCUGGCUGGAGAUGACAUAGAAGUGUGCGCCACCGAGUUGAUGGACAUUCUGAACAAGGUGGUGGCCAGACAUAAAAACCUGAAGACAGAGGGCUUCAGCCUGGACACGUGCCGGAGCAUGGUGUCAGUCAUGGACAGUGACACAACUGGUAGGCUGGGCUUUGAGGAGUUUAAGUACCUGUGGAACAACAUCAAGAAGUGGCAGUGCGUGUACAAAGAACACUACUCUGACCAGUCGGGAACUCUUGGGAGUGCUCAGCUGCCAGAUGCCUUCAAGGCUGCAGGAUUCCAGCUGAAUGACCAGCUCUACCAGAUGAUCAUUCGCAGAUACUCCGAUGAAAAUGGGAGCAUGGAUUUCAAUAACUUCAUCAGCUGCUUGGUGCGACUGGAUGGCAUGUUCCGUGCCUUCAAAUCCCUGGACCAAGAUGGAGACGGCCUGGUGAACAUGAACAUUGAAGAGUGGCUGCAGCUGACCAUGUACUCCUAAGGGAGCACAUUGGAAUGAAAUACUCUCCAACUGCAUGCUCUUGUUUAUGCCUGUGUUACUAACGGGAGCCUUUCUCCUUGUUGCUCAAGAGCCACUGUUUGUAAAGUCAAACAAGUUGUGUUGCUAUGAAAUAACAUGCAGUACUUUAAUGCUUAAAAAACCCUUAGUUUAUUGUGAAAUGUUGUUUGUUCUGCUAUGUACGUUUUAUAGUUAUUUGGAUUGCUGAGGGGCUAGAAAAUGGAGCAUUUCUUGAGCUAUGCAAGACAGUGUGUGUGUGCGUGCGUGCGUGUGUGCGCACAUGCUUAUGGGUACCUAUAAUAGAAAACUAGAUUUGGGCUCAAAAAGGAGAGAAUGUUGAUAAUGCUUUCUUCUCGUGUAGCUUGUUGGUGGCUGGUGGACGUAUACACAUAAUAGAGAAUACAUUUCUGAUUUUUUUCCUUAAGAUUGGGGUUGUUCUUGAUGACUAUUUUGUUUUUUAUGUAUUAUUUAUCAGAGCUUAUUUUGCUGGAGACAGAAGCUGUGCUUGCCUGCAGGGAAAUUGCUAGUAAACAGAGGUGUAUUGAUUUCUAAUUGGUAAGGAAUUAUUUGUAAUGGGGAAAAUAAAUUGGAGUUGUAAUUAUUAUAAUAAUCAGUGGAUUUUGAGAGACAAAUUAAAUCUCUCCUCUUUCCUACUUUUGCUGUCUCAUUGUUUUCAGCUGCAAUGUUUCCUGGAGACCUGGUGCUUGGCAUAUACUCUUUUUAUUCUUGCAGCCUUCUAAUAAAUAUUUGUAUUGUAAAGUGCAAUAAUCUGAGUAGUGUUAAAAUACAGAAUUGCCUGUUGAGAGGGCUGUUGAACUGUUGCGGUCAACUAUUAGACAGAUGGACAAAUUCAGCCUUGGCUUAUCUCCAUUGAAGUGGAGUUUCCUCAGGGAUGAAUUUGACCCACAUUCUCCAACUACAGUAGUUCCAUUCAUGUCGGGGCAGCGAUGCUUGCAGUGGCGUUAAAAGGCAAGAAGCAGCAGGAACUGUAGGUGUGUGUGCCUGCGGUUCAGAGUGUCCUCAGCUGCUUUAAAGCAAAAUUUAUUUUACCUGGGCCUAGUUAAUAUUAACG